AUGCUUACACCGCCAGCCCUAUCUCAUCACGAUACGGCACGAUCUUCUCAAGAUAUGUUUCUUUUCCGUCUCCUCGCACUCCCUUUAUUGGUGUCUGCCGUCGCCAUCCAAACAAGAACACAGCCGCAGAGAGGACCAUCACCAACCAUCACCACGACUAUAUGUCCUACUAGUUCCACCAUUUCCCCUAAUCUCGAUCUCCGCGUUCGAGAACAAGUAGCAUUAACCACCGUCGCCGUGGAUGAUAUCGACAGCUUCACGACCACAAUCCUCAACAUCAUCCCUGGCAAGACAGACAGCUACGUUACCAUCCAUCCCCAGACUAUCGCCAUCGCCAUUCCUACAUGCCAUCAGACCAUCACUCCGGAUCAUAACGGCUACGUGCCACCAGGAACAUGUGGCGCAAUUUGGACAUAUUACCCGGCAUUUAAAGCGGCUGUCGCAUUCGCAGUCAUAUUUGCCUUGUUGCUGGGCGUCCAUCUAUGGCAGGCCAUCAUAUACAAAAAAAAGUGGUGCUGGGUCAUCAUAAUGGCUUCAAUCUGGGAGACGAUGGCCUUCAGCUUCCGGGCAAUCAGAACUCGAGACCAACAGAGUGAGGGCAUCUAUCUGUGCUUUCAGAUUUUUAUUUUGCUCGCUCCUCUUUGGGUCAAUGCCUUCGCAUACAUGACAUUUGGCCGCAUUGUUUACGCGUUCCACCCGUCGAAAUCUGUCUUAGGCAUCCCAGCCGUCACUCUAGCCGCAAUUUUCGUUUUUCUAGACAUUGUAUCCUUCGUUAUCCAGCUGAUUGGUGGCGGCAUGGCCUCUCCGACCGCCUCGGCAGCAGCCCAACAGCGAGCACUUCAAAUCUACAUGGGGGGCAUUGGGUUCCAGCAAUGCAUCAUUGUCAUUUUUCUAGUACUUUGCAUGCGCUUCCAGUGGCAGAUGGACCAGGCGGCGCUGUACGUUGCACUCUGCAUGAUUACAGUCCGAAUCAUAUAUCGGUUUAGCGAGUUUUCGAGUGGUAUCACCAAGGGAAAUGCAUUGACGAAAUACGAAGCGUAUUUCUAUCUUUUGGAAGCCACACCAAUGAUGUUUGCGAUCCUUGUCUUUAAUCUAUUGCACCCGGGACGAUUCGUUAGAGAGAACAUGCAGGGAAUUUGGUCAGUAUUUUGCGGCAAGAUCAGAAACCGGAGGGGAAAGACAACUGUGGAGGGUUAUGAUGGCGACGCUUAUGACUUAGACAGACACAAAUUGGUCGAGGGAUGCAAUGCGCUAUAG